AUGAUUAAACAACUAGUGUCCUCUAUUACCACACUCAACUCCUCAAUGGAUCACUCAUUUACUGAGAUGAAGGAGACCUUAGGAAACCUCGCAUACGUCGAGGAAUCUGCCAAAGAAGAAGGCUCGGUAAACUCCGACGCGGAGAAAGAGACCGAUAAGGCGCCGAACAAAGACAGCGCUAGCACUAAGGACCAAAACCUAUCGGGGUCCAGCAACGCUACUAACGUCAACGAUCAGCUGACGUUGACAAAUAAUACUAAUCCAACAGACCCUGAGUCCUUCAAAGAGGAAAACUCAACUCUUGCAGGAAUUGCGAGUAAUUUAAAAUUGGGCCAAAAGAAUACAAAAUUCGCGGGAAUACUGAAAGAGGUCAUGCGUGUCAAACUUGAUGACGAUGUAUUGACAGAAACGAAAAAUCGUUAUACCAGGCCAGAAAAUUGCGAGUGCUUGGAGCCAACCCAGGUUAACCAUCUCCUCUGGGAUAAAUUAAAACACGAUACACGCUCAAGUGACUUAAAGCUUCAGCAGCGUAUUCAGGCCAAUUUACGGAAGGGAAUCAUUCCCAUCGUACUGGUAGUUGAACAACUGGUCAAAGUCCAGGACAAAAAUCAGAAGAAUUACUAG